AUGUCAACGGACGAACAACCAACUUCGACGAUACGCCAGUCGCGGCGCCUCGUGGGAGUUGCCCCGGAAUACGGGCUACUGGACAAAAGACGCUUGACGCGCCAGUCCUCGACCCCAGAACCUGCGCAACUAGACGAUCACGUCGAGCUGCCUACGUUGAAGCGAGGAGCCGAAGGCUCUCCCCUGGUAUCGCCGUCGACGAACAGCCCCGACUCGCGUCCCCCGCCGAAGAAACCAGCACUGCCCCCGGGUGCUGACUUGACUCCUGAGCCUUUGUCACCCCAUGCCAGGAUUGUCCAGCUACCGGAAACACCCCCAUGGUCCAAGGGACGCCCGGCAGCAUGGUUCCAAGAACGCUUACGCCUACCUGGGACGAUCCCGGUGUACCUCGAAAUGUUGUUGUCACGACGAUCUCAGUUGCCAGUGGAGGCGUACGCGAUAGCCACAACGCUUAUGCCGAAUUCACACGCAAUCAAUAAACAGGAACUGAAAGCUUUGCGCUUCUUUCAGAAAGCCCAUGAAGACCGAUCUCGGCUGCUGGACGACCGGGAGACUCGACUCGUGGAAAUGGCCGAAUCAGCGGCGCAGGCGGCUGAAGCCCAUGAAAACUACCGGCAGGAGCAGUUCAAGGAGGCUUUGGGAUACCUCCAGGAAUGCUACCAACGAGAACUGGACCUCGCUAGGUGUGUGGUCGGAAACGAAGCAAACGAAACCUUGGGUCAGGAGAUUGAGAAGCAACAAGCUAUGUGGGAGGCCCGGAUGCUACGCUUCCAGGAGAACCUGGAACUCACUUGGGAUAAGGAAAGGUCCUUACUCCUCCAGGACAAGGAAGUCUCGUUGCUCGCUUUGAAGAACCAACACACGGACGAACUUCUACGAGUGUCGACGGAAGCGGAACACACUAUCGAGGUCCGACGCAUGGAAGACGGAGUAAUCCUUAACCAACUACAAGAAGAGCUUCGUUCUGCGAAGCACAACCACACCCACGAAAUCCAGGCCCUCGUGGAAAAAGCCCGUCGAAGCCGCGAGGCCCAGGAAACUACCUUGGAUAAGUUGCAACUACGGUCGAGGCAACUAGAACUCGACGCCUCCCAGUACCCCUCGGCACGUGAGCCUUCGGAACGGAUCUGUGGGAACUACCCCAUCUUGGAGCAGGAGAAGUGCAUCCUCACGGAAAGACUCCGACUUCAGGAAGAACAACUCCGCGAGACUGAUCGGCAGAGGGAACGUUUCGAACAACUCUGGGAAAAGGGGCGUCGUCAGCUCCAGGAGUCCGAACAACACGCUUUCUUGGCGGCGAUUGCGCCGGGUUUACAGAAUACGACGCGUUUCGCUGCAAGCGUAGUGCGCGAUUAUAGCGUGAUCAUAGACGAAGAAAGUCUGAAUCCACGAAAUAACCGGAUUCUUGGUGCGUCCGAACACGGCCUGAACGAAGCCCAGGCCCGGUUUCAGGAAAGUGAAACCCGGUGGACUCAACUCCAAGAAAAACUCCUACAAGUUUACACUCGGUACGAACAGGAGCUACAAGAGGAGCAGACCCUACGCGAGGAAAUGGAAAGGGGUGCCCAAGAACAACUACUGGCACUAACGUUGGAUCGUGACUCGGAGGAACGGCGUGCAGUAACUCAAGAAAGAGAGGAGCUUAUGAAGUCGCGGGAAGAACACGAAGCAAUCCUACAAAAGGUGUCCGACGCUCAGGCACAAUUGGGGCUAAACACGACCCUACUGCGGGAAGAAGAGCAAACCCUCCUCAGGGAAAGGGAAGCUUUCUCUCAGGAAGUCAACAAGUCUUACUCGAACCUUCGUCGGCAACAGUCUUCCUUACAAGUGGAUCAGCAAACGUUGGCCUUGCAACUUCAGGAAGGCCGACUCCGAUCAGGCUCGGUCGGGACUCCCUAUGCGACACCCGCCUCUUCCCGGAAAGGCUCCCCUUCGAAGGGAUGUCAUUGGACUUUCAUGACGUCAUCAGUACUCGAGGCCCCCUACUCGAUGGUGGGUACACCUCAACGGACAAUGGACCUUAUCCCGGUGUUUAUGCAACAAACUGAGGUCGCUACGGAAACCAUGUCGAUGCCGGUGCCGGCAGGUGUCUACGGCCGUGCUAUGGCUUCUCAAAAGCCGUUCAUGCCCGAGAGACCAAAGCAACGAGAACCUCCCGAGUACAUACCCCAGGACUCGUACGGGAUGCGUGGGCACAGUAACCCCAGCACACCUUACUUCACACCGCCCCACGGAGACCACGGCGGGGCAUUCGGUGGAGGAUCCAGCAACCCUCCCGGUCCUCCUUCGUCGUACCCAGCUCUGGGGGGGCACAACCCUUUCGAACGCACUGGAGGCCGAGGAGAUCCCCCCGGAUCUCCCGGGGGAGGUGGACCUGGAGGUGGCGGCGAUAACCAUGGGGGUGGAGGCGCACCCAGGUUUCCCGCCAUCCCUUUGGAACACUUCCUGAAGAAGUUCGACGCGUUACAAAUGGAUCACGGGAUCACGGACGCUCAACUGGUGGGAAUCUUCGAUGACCGCCUCAACGAAUCCGGUAUCCCUCAUUUUGCCGACUGGUGGGCCAGACGAGUCCGGGAUCAUGCCGAGCAGUCUUGGGCUGAGUCCCGGGAGGCUUUCAGGCAAGAAUUCAUCAUGAAAACGAUGACGGAGCGACGAUUACCGCGGACUCACAACAUUCGAAACGCGAAUUUCCCGCCCGAAAGUGCCGUGUUCAUUUUGCUAAAUGAAUGUGAAGACCUCAUCGUGGCCAGCUGCAUCCGGGGGGCCCCGACACUCCCGACAACCAUCGAGGCGAGUCUGAAAUACUUGAAAGAGAAGGACGUAAACCUCGAGAAACCAUUUGAAGGCAACCCCAAGACAGCCACGGUCUCUCCCGGAACCCCUGGGCGCGCUCCCAGGGGCCUGGCCAAACCCAGCGAUCCCGACUAA